AUGUCUCCUACCAAAGAUCCUUCAUCCUCACAGGCACCUACAAAGAAAAAAGUUAAAAGCAAGACAAGAACGAGAGCCCAACUCGCACAAAAGAAGAAAGAAAAAGAAAAUGUUACUCCACUUGUAAAAAAGUACUGGUUUCAAAGGUACGAUCUUUUUUCAAGAUAUGACGAGGGUAUCGAUAUGGAUGAAGAAAGUUGGUUUUCUGUCACUCCAGAGGAAAUAGCUGCCCAGCAGGCAAGUUGGUGUGCCGGUGCCGGAGUGGUCAUCGACGCCUUUGCUGGCGUCGGUGGCAACGCCAUUCAGUUUGCACAAAUGUGUCAACGUGUCAUUGCAAUCGACAUUGACCCAAAAAAGGUUGCAAUGGCAUAUAAUAAUGCAAAGAUUUAUGGUGUUGAACAUCACAUUGAUUUCAUUGUAGGAGACUUUUUCCAGGUCGCUCCCUUUUUGAAGGGGGAUGUGGUGUUCCUUUCACCACCUUGGGGAGGUCCAUCAUAUAAAGCAAAAGAAAGUUUCACUCUUGACUUGCUGAAGCCGAAAGAUGGGCAUUCCCUAUUUCAAAUUGCUCGAGCAAUAACACCUAAAAUUAUUAUGUACUUGCCCCGAAAUGUGGAUUUAGUCCAAGCAACUGGACUUUCAUGUUUGUCGUCUCCACCUUUAGAUGUUAAGAUUGAAGAAAAUUUUGUGAGGGGCAAUUCAAAGGGCAUAACCAUCUAUUUUGGCGACAAUAUAUUCCCAUAGCUCAGCAAAUCUCAUACUCUCAAAAUGAAGCCUUUUUUUAAUAAUGUGCUGCCAUUCUCGCUGCACCAUGUAAACAUCAGUUCGAAUUAUUUUGAAAAUGUAAUAUAAAUCAGCGGACUGACUAUUUCUUUGUUAUCAGUUUGCAAUUCGGAUCAGUGAUAGUGAAACAUUUGAUUUUGUACAUUAAUUUCUCGUGGAAUGGCAAAAAUAAUGCUUG